AUGGCUAUUAGAGUUCUAGCUAAUUUUCUCAUAUUACUAUAUCAGGAAAGGAAAUUGCUGCCAGCUGGCAGGAGAAAUGGAUUUUACCUUGGUAUAAUGUCCAAAGUUUCUAUUUUUGUGGUGCUUGGAAUCAUUUUGUUAGGAGCUGGUUUCGGAUAUUGGCUGGUGAGGAAAUAUAUUAUUUCUGAAGAUGGAGAAGUUGAUGUUGGAGUUGCAGUGACAUGUAUUAUCCUGAGCAUGAAAGACACCCAUUUGGCAAUGACUGCAGUGGGGUCUUGUUUGGGUGUAUACUACAUGAUCACGAAGAUUGUAAGGCAAAUGCCAUGUAGGAUCUAUACAACCCUCAAAGAGCUCAACCUUGAAUUUAUGAAGAGGAACAAUUUUGUUAGCCCUAAAGUUACUUAUGGAACAGCAACUGCUUUACAGAAUGUAUCAUUCCAUUUGAAUGGACGAUUCUUGAAUGAAUGUAAUUCCUUCCAUUUUCUGGAAUUUAUGAAGAGGAACAAUUUUGUUUGCCCUAAAGUUGCUUAUGAAACAGCAACUGAUUUGUAG